AUGCCGAACGCACUGUCAAUGAAGCCCCCGGGAUGCUACCGGGACAAGGAAAGCGAGCUGGCUAUGCGUAUUAAGAAGCCCUUCACGGUCGCGGUGGUGGGCGAUCUGAUUCAGAUGGUGCCCUUCGCGAACCGCGACGACCCGGACAUCCAGGCGCUAGUUGAGGUGAUGCAGAAGGCGGACAUAACGCUGGCCAACAACGAGAACACGAUCGUGAACCGGCUCACGUUCCGCGGGCCGAUCUCACACAUGGAGGCGCCCGCCGAGAUCGCCGACGACUGGGCGGCGAUGGGAAUCGCCAUGGUGUCCAAGGCGAACAACCACACGUUCGACAACGGCGAGGCCGGCCUGAUCCAGAACUUUGAGCAGCUCUCCCGCGUCGGCAUCGCUUAUGUGGGAACCGACUACAAUCUAACGGAGGCAAGACUCGCUCGGUUUCGCACCCUGCCGAAAGGGACGGUCGGUUUCGCCGGCGCCUACGCCGAGGUCGAGGAUUAUUCUCAACUCUACGGCCUGCCGCGCGGAGACCCGGUGGUCGUGACCGAAGAGCAGCUGCAGCAACUGUACGCCAUGGAAGAGUCUCUCUACGAGCGGGGAAAAGAAGUUCCCAACCCAAUCGACCGAGACACAAAACGCGCAGAGGGCAGCCUUCUCCUCUUCGGCCGGGUGUUCCAGUUGGCAACCACAAUCGAUGCGGUCACGGAAGAGGCUGCUUCCAUCAAAAAACGGCUGGAGCACCACUUGAACUCGAAGGGGCCCAUCACGUCGAAGAACAACUCGUUGAGACUCAAGGUCUACCAAGGCGUGACCGAGGCCCAGAUGGCCCAGCUUCGCAAGAUCGCUGGUGACGAGGGUAGCGGGCCGACGCUGGACGCGUUCGACGUGCACUUCAAGGUGACGCCGGGGCCGGGCGAGCUGACGUACGAUAUGGACACGGUGGACGAGCGCGAGAUCUUACGCGAGGUGCGUACGGGCAAGCAGUUCUCGGACUUCGCGGCGUUCACGAUCCACUGGCACCAGAACCGCUUCUCGUUCCAGAAGUACUCGUUCGACCACUACCCGGCGGAAUUCCAGGUCAAGCUCGCCCACGAGGUCAUCGACAACGGCGCUGACCUCUUCUUCGCCCACGGCGUGCACACGCUCAAGGGCGUCGAGAUUUAUAAAGGAAAGCCCAUAUUCUACGGCGUCAACAACUUCGUGUUCCAGAACCAGCGGUUCCGCUCGUGGCGCGACGACGCCGAACGCCAGCCCGCGACCAUGACCGGCCCCGUCGUCGGCGACGGCGAGAUCAACGAGUCCCGCUGGGCCUGGCUGCAGCGGCCCGAGAAUUUCGAGGCCAUCCUGGCCACCAGCUCCUACGAGGACGGCAGGUUGGUGGAAGUGCUCAUAUACCCCGUCGACCUGGGCCUGCAUCGACCGGGCUCAGAGGUGGGCACGCCGCGCCGCCCGUCGCCGGAGAUGGCGCAGAGCAUUCUCGAGCAGAUGGUGGAGUAUUCGAAGCCGUUUGGGACGAAGAUCUCGAUCGAGAACGGCGUGGGAGUCAUCCGCAUAUCCUCGUAG